UCAAUCAACCAGUGCACAAUCGAAUUGCGACAAAAAAGACUAAAUAUAUUAAUAAUAAUCUUUCUCAAUAACUGUACGGAUCAACGGUCGGUAUGAGUAACGAGUGUAAAGUGUCCAAAGGGCCAAGGAUUGGUGUGCGGCAUCUGCAAUCCUUGCUGCUCUUCCUCGGUCUCACGGUCAUGCACAUUGCUCGUCUCAAUGUGAGUGUGGCCAUUGUUGCCAUGACAAAUGCAGCAACCACCAAUCCUAAUUUUGAAGAAUACGAUUGGAAUGAGCGACACAAGUCGUACAUUUUGUCCAGUUUCUAUUGGGGCUACAUUCUCACCCUGUGUCCGGGCAGUUUCCUGUGUCGUCGCUACGGCGCCAAGGUGGUGCUCUUCGUCGCCAGCUGCGGCACAGCCAUCUUUAGUAUUAUCACACCGUGGUGCAUCACCUGGGGUGGUUGGCAAGUGUUCUGCGCCAUACGCAUACUCCAGGGUCUCUUCCAGGGCGUCAUCUUUCCCUGUGUCACCGAGCAUCUGGCCAUGUGGUCGCCACCAGAGGAACGCAAUCGCUUGGGCGCUUUCAGCUAUACAGGCACCGAUUGCGGCACAGUGUUGGCCAUGUUCAUCAGUGGCAUGAUUGCCAAGGGUCCCAUGGGCUGGCCGGGUAUCUCUUACGUCUCGGGUGCUCUGUGUGGCGCCUGGUGCAUACUCUGGCUGAUCUGUGGUGCCAACAAUGCGCCCGAGUCGCGUUUCAUCAGCGAAGAAGAGUGCAAGUACAUCGAAUCUUCGCUGGAGCACAACGAGAACUUCCAUGAACGAAGCAUUCCCAUUCCCUGGCGUGCCAUUGGCUGCUCAGUGCCUUUUAUGGCGCUGCUUGUGGCACGUUGCUCUGAGACCUAUGGACUCAGUACACUACAGGCUGAGAUUCCAUCGUAUAUGAAUGGAGUACUCAAUAUGGAAAUACAGAGCAAUGCGGUGUUCUCAUCGCUGCCCUUCUUGGCGAUGUGGCUGCUCUCUUAUGUCUAUCUGAUUGUGGCAGACAUUCUGCUGCGCAAGAAAUGGUUAUCGCUGACUGCUGUGAGGAAACUAUUCAACACACUGUCCUUCUGGAUACCCGCUGCGGCUCUCAUUGUGAUUGGUUUCCUUGGCGAGGAUCAUGCGAAUGUCGCUAUUGCCCUAAUGAUUGUCAGCGUAGGUGUCAACAGCGGAGCCACCAUUGGCAGCUCUCUCAACACCAUCGAUCUGUCGCCCAAUCAUGCGGGCAUCCUCAUCGGCCUCAGCAAUACCGUUGCCAAUGUGAUACCCAUUGUGACACCCCUGAUAGCGGGUGUUAUUGUCGUCGAUAAGCACGAUCGUGGCCAAUGGCAAAUUGUCUUUGGCAUUGCGGCAAUCAUCUUCUUUGUGGGCAACUGUGUUUUCCUCAUUUGGGGCACUGCCGAGGCGCAACCCUGGGAUGCCGAUGAUUUCCUCACGCCCAAAGAUGCGGAAUCGUGCAGUGCGAAAAAAUCACCCGCAGCUGCGAUAGCUCCGCCCAUCGACCCGGUGCUUGAGCAGCAAAUCAGCUGGCCGGAAAGGUAUACGGCAAAGGCCAUCGAUUGAUUUGUAGCGGAUACGUGGAACAAUUAUUUAUUUUAAUCAGUAUUAACAAAUAAGCAGGUUGUAAUUUAUUUUAUUUAUAAGACCAUAAAUGUGAGCUUAGGUAAAUUAUAUUAAUAGAUUUCAA